CACACUCACCCAACAGAGUCCUGUGUGCAGAGGCUGUCAUGGAUACACGCGCUAAAGGGCUAUAUGCUGAAAAAGGUGUUAUCAAAGCUGCGUGAUACUCCAUGAGAUGAAAUGAGCAUCCUCAGUGCACAAGAGAGGGUUUCUUCAUCAAGUUGAUGACAUGGUAUACAUGCAUUUAGAUAUGGAGACUGGUGUGAAAAACACAUGAAGAACAACGACCACUGAAUUAUCUAAAUUUCAUAAACACGCCGUAACAACCCCAAAGUGUUAAAACCAGAUGAUGAUCAUGAAGUAAGCAAUUCAAAUAUCAAGACACAUGAUCUAUGAAUAGCCACAACACGUUGAGCUGUCAUCUUUGUGUGAAAAUCUGUCUUUGACACGUGGGCAGACGUGUGGAGUGUAACAUCUCCCAAACAGAGAGGAGCAUUAACUUGGAUAGGAAGACGCUACAGGAUGUUUAGGGGUUCAAGCCCAUUUUCUUCUGCAGACCUGGAUAUGUGGGACACCAAAUCUCGCUUUACAGGCCAGACAUCAGCAUGGUGUGGUGUGGCAUCUGUAUCAGGAUCAGGCUUUCUGUCCAAAGUCAGCACAAGUGCUGGUGGCUCCAGGCAAAAUGACCCAGGUCUAAGGAGGUGGCAAUCAUUGUCCCAUCUGGGGCCUGAGAGUCCCACACGAUCAUUAGGGGCUGAGUUAAGGGCUGCCCGGGAUGGAAGUAGCUUCAGACAAACAGAAGUGGUGCACUGGCUGCAGGAGGCUCACGAGCGACUUGAGUCUCAACUGGACUGGCUGAAGACCAGAGACAUGCUGAGCUACAACGCAACUAUUGCACAGCUGCCUGGCAGGCUACCACAAAUGAUGAAGGGCCUCGAGGAUGAGAAGAAGGCUGCUGUAUCAGCUGAAAAUGAAAAAAGCAGACAGUGCAGAGAACUCUGUGAAAAGGUCUUAAAUCUGGAGAAGGAUUUGUUACAUAUGAGGUCUGCUCUGGACAGAGGAAGCAUCGAUCAAUCAACCGAGAGAGCUCCGGGCUCGCUCAACAGAACAUUACCAGAGAAGCAGAAAGUUGACACAGAGAUGCUGGAGUUGAGAGAGGCUCUGAAAGAGGCUGAGACUAAGGCAAAGAUACUAGAAGAAGAGCGUAACAAGGCACUCCAACAGCUUCAAGCGUCUAUUGAGAUGCAGAGGACGCUGUUGAGUCAAAUAGAGGAGACGCACAAGAAGCUCAGCCACACUGCACAGGAUCAUUCUGAACUGCAGAAAGAGCUGAGCGAAGCGAACAACAAGAUCAGCCAAGCAUGCCUGGAAAAAGCCAUCUUAUCAACUCAAGUGUUGAAGUUGGAGGACAAUAUAAAGGAAAUAAAGUCCAAACUGACUGAGGCUCUGUGUGACAAAGAUCACCUGAUACAGGAGAAGACAAAUCUUCUCCACAGGGUUCAAGUCCUGGAGAUGCAGACUCACAACAAACAGCAGCAGAAAGAUGUUGUGGUGAAGGAAGACUCAAAGGCUCUCAGAGAGGAAAAUGAAAAAAUAAGAGGAGAGCUUGAAAUGAUCAAGAAGAGGCUGGAGAUAUCACACCACGAGCUACAGGAGCUGACAGAUGAGAAAAUCAUAAACACCAAACAGGUCACCGAUCUGGAGGUGCAGUGCUCUCAGCUGAUCAGAGAAAAAGAGGAACUGCAGAGUGAAAUUAAAGGCAGACGAGAAGAAAUGCAGGAAAAGUGCUGUGAGCACAGGGAAUCUGUGGAAGUCUUGGAACUAGAAAACCAGAAACUGAGGAAUCAGUGUCUGCGUUUGGAGGGUGAGGUGUUUGAGAAGGAAAAGCGGGAGGAAGAGUAUCGCAAACAAGAUGUGGUAAAGGUCCAGACCAUCGAGGAACUGAAGGCUGUGGCCUCACAUUGGACAGAGAAAUGGCAAAAAGUGGCUUUGACCCUGCAGUCUACACAAGAGGAGUUAGAGGAGUUAAAGAAGAACUCAAGAAAUAAAGGAGGAUGUGACUCGCUGCUCAGGGAUGAGCUUGAAAAGCUGGAGCUGGAAAGGAGCAGGAGCCAGGCACGUCUUCAUAGAGAUAAGGACGAAGGUAAAGGUGAAGGGGGCCAGAUUCCAGACAAAGGGACAGAGACAUGCUUAUCAGAAUCCUCUUUGUUAUGGGACUCUGAGAGCCACCCAAACAAAUUCCUUCAGGUCAGCAUCCAAAGCAGUGAGGUUCAAAGGCUGAAGCAAAAACUUGCAGACAAAGAGAAUGAACUGAGCGAAAAAGAACAUGCUUUAAAGACUCUAGAAAGGCUGAGAGAGAUGGAAAAAAAUGAGGCUAAAAUCAAGAUUUCUGCCCUGGAGCUCAAGCUCAUGAAAAAGCUUCCUGAAGAUGGCCAAGAUCAGGGAAGCAUUCUAACAGACAUCUUCAUUCGUGACUCAGAGGAGAUUCCAGGGAAGGUGAACCAAAUCCUCCCAAGCUCGAAGCUUCAAACCCAGAGGCAGUUUUAUGAGGUUGAAGAUGGGAAACCUUCUGUCCAAGGCCAAAGGGGCAAAACAGUCUGUCCGCUUAAUGUAGACACAGAGCAGCAAAGGAGACUGGUUACUGAGCAGUUAAAGAGUUUGUUUAAAGAACGAGAGGGAAAGGAGGCCCAGCAGGGUGACAGCAAUGGAGCCUCUUCACCUCAAGACUGGACACCCACAGUUAAACUUGUUAGGGCUGCAGUGGACAGGAGAAACUGGCAACAAGCCUCGGGUUUGAUGCCAGUGUUCGAGGAGGAUGAAGAGGAGAUUAACGGCUGUCCAGCAGAGGAGGAGGAGGAGGAGGGAGAGGCAGGAGAGGAGACCCAUGAUGAAAGCCUCCUUGAUCAGAAACAGCAGAUCUCAGCUAUGACUGCAGAAAUCAACAAUCUGAAGGCAAAAAAUGACAGUCUGCUGCAAGCCUUAAGGUCAAAGAGGUCAAUCUGGGACCGUAGCCCCCCCAAAAAGCUCUCAGAUAAGUCUUCUCAGUGUUCAGAUGAAUAUGGCCCAGAGUGGAAGAGGACACUUCCCCUUUAUCCUGAUGGAAUAUUCCUGGCUGAGCUUGUACACAUCUGUAGCCCUGAUGAAGAGGAGGGAGAGGUUAAAUGACGUAUUUGUGAAGACUCCAACCAGCUUUAUUCCUGAUGCUUCACAGAAAAUGAUUGUUCCAUUCAAAUAUUUUAUUGUAUCGUUGUUACAGAAAAUCAUUAAGCGGAACCAUAACAACAAUAAUUUUAGCAUUUUUAGCUGAUAAAAUCCGGCAGAAAGAGUUUUAGUGACAAGGACCAAAUACAUCUGUAUUGUAAAGACUAUAGUGUUCAGUUAAAACGUUUUGGGUAUAGAAACCAAAUGGAUACAAGACUGCACAAUUAAAAGGUUUAUCCUGGGCUUUGCUUUACAGAAACGUACACUAAAAGCAACUUUCUACAUUUUGCAUAGAAGAAUGUAGUGACUGAUAUGCUGAAAUAAGGCCAUGUUGAAAGAACUGAUUUCUCAGAGUUUCACUGAACACAGGCAUUUCAUAUACCUAAACAACAAUUCAGUCAGACAACUCCAGGAUACAGAGUUUGGCUGCAAGCUCAUCACUCCUUUCAAACAUCUGUCAGAGCCGAUGAGUUAAUAACACCUCCUUAAAUCCCCAUUUUGACAGUGAGGUGGUGGAGGAACUGAAACAGCAGCAGUGCUGGGGGGCAGCUCCACUGGGAUGCCAUAGAUGGAAAUUUUUGAAGUCCAAGUAAGCUGCCAGAUUAGGAGGGUGUGUAUCAUCUUGAGUGUAGACAGCACCUUGAGGUGAACUAGAUCACAGGUUGACUCUAUCCAUACGCGCUUCAUGUCUGACCGUUUUUGUUGCCCAAAGAGCUCAACAGUAAAUCCGCUCCAUUGGUCAUCAAACAGCCUUAUUCUAUUGCGGUUUCAGGUUGAAUAGUGUGCCAUCGUGCCUGCUCCACAUGCUGGCUGCACAUGUCUCUCCAAUGAGCACGUCCUGCAUCUGCAACCUCUGCUCCAACGAAGACUCGGCCAACAACUCUGGCUUCUGAAAGGACUGCAUUCUGCCACAUUAGACAAGAGAGGGGAUGCUGAAUUGUGCUGCAUUUAUUAUAACGGAAAAAUAAAACUAUUGCCGUGGUA